AUGAAUGGUAGUCAUAACUCCCGCGACAAGUUCCUGUUUUCUUUUUCAGAUGAAAUUGGGUCCGCUGAUGAUGACCAAGCGGAUAUGAGCUUAUUAACGGGUAGAAUCCGUACAGGGGCAAAUCCAAAUUCAGAAGAAGCCAAAAAUUCGGGCGAGAUACUUCCUUAUGAGAAAGGUGAUUAUUUCCAAUUCCGCUCAUGGCGUGGUCUUGAUGCGGACGUG